AUGAUGCCUGUGCUGCCCGAGGAGCUUAAAGAGACGAUACUCGUGCUUGCAUGCACGCUCCCAUCCACGUAUAUGCAUGCUCGAACUGUAUCACAGCAUAAUAUCCCACAUUUUCAGACACUCGACAUCCGUACUACGAUUUGCGUGAUGCAGCUUGCACUGCGGUACUAUACGCUCGGCGCGCAGCUCCUGUAUCGGGCUCCGUGCAUUGCAACGCCCUCACAGCUGACUCAGUUUACUGCUACGUUAGUGAACCGGCCCGUGCUUGGCUUGUUUGUGCGGCAUUUGUACAUUGGCACGAUCGAGCGCGGUUCCGAGCAGCCGCUCGCGUUCCUGCGCGGCAGACUUGCGAGCUAUGCACAAGCUAUGGGGCUGCGUGAGCAUGAUACAGUGCCGCAUGGCGAUCCCACCACAUCGCAUGGAUCUGUGCUUGCGCCGGUACUGGAAAUCGAUAUCGCCGAGACGCUUGCCUUUUUCGUCGGCCCAGACGGCGUGCAUGGCCUCGAUAUUUAUCGCCCAGGAUUUGAUCGCGAGGGUGAAUGGGUAGGAAUGGGGGCAUGGGUGCUUUGCCUGCAUGAAGCGCGCAGUUAUUUGAACUGGUUCCGCGCAAUGGCCUACCAAGCACGGCUUGAAACCGUGCUUUCGGGGCAAGAUACCGAGCUUGUAACGCUCCGCGACACUGCAUCUGCGUGUGCUGAGUACCUGGCAGGCUAUAUUAGACGGCUCGGAGAUCAAUACAUGCUUACGCCCCUGUUGGAACGGCGGCCAGGCACACGGCACGAUCCGCUCGACUUUGGUGAUGCUGGCCCUGUUGCACCGCUGCCGCCAGGUCUACCUGUACACACAAAUGACGUGAUGCAGACGCUGCAAGCACGCAUCCUCCAGCGCUGGGCGUCUCAGAAAUGUUUGCUGGAUGUCCCCGUAUGGCUCUCGUGGCUUGCUGCGCUUGCAAUUGCGUACGGCCAAGUGCUUGGGCUCGAAUGUGCAGACGCUGAGGCCGUUCGCCACAGUCCGUACGCGUGCGAUGCAUUGCUGCGAGAUGCACGUAUGCGUGGCAGCGCAUUUUUUCACGCGCGCGAUACAUUCCACGACCCUAUCCUUUUUGCGCGCUCCGGCGCAAUCCGAUUUCUAGUCGGCGACGAGACGAGCGAACGCGACGAGCCUGCUGCAUCGCGCAAUGAACCGGCCAUGUGGGCGAUUCCAGAGUAUUCUCAAGAUGGUGUGCUACUCCCUGUAAAUGGUGAAGGACUACUGCGCGGCUCGUUUUCUGCGCGGCCUUCUGGCUUGCUGCCCCAUCGCCUAGUCGCGCCGCUGCCGCAGGAUGAGCAGGGGCAAAGGGCGCAUGUACAGAACAGUGCGCCACCAACGCUAGGCAGCCUUGUUCAGUGCGCUCAUGCAAUAUUUGCCUAUGUCCCAAACCUCCAGAGCCUCGGUCUCUCUGGCGUGCUGGAGCGUGCGCUCGCGAGCAUGCGCGGCGCUUCUUCCAUGCCGCAGCUCGAGCGGGUUUACCUGGGUCCACCUCCGCCGUAUUGGGCAUAUGCACUGCAGUUUGACUCUUUGGCAUUUGCACUUGUAAAACAUAUCACAAUCACAGGCUGCAUGCUGCUUCCAGAGGAGGCGUAUGCACUCGCCGGUGCAAACGGGACGCUCCCGCACCUCAAAUCUGUCACAUGGUCCAUGCAUCACAUUGCAACCAGCCAUAGGGCCGACGCCAUUCUCACGGCACUUACAAUUCUACUGGACAGGCAGGACGGAAUGCGUGGGAUUGCUUUGCUGCGCGUGAUUCUACACCCGCACGACUAUGCAUGUAUGGAAAGGAUUGCGCCGAAACGCAUCCUCCAAGAUCCGCACCUAUCGCUAGAAACGUUCAAGCCAUAG